CUCUGCUCCCCUCUCCCAUAGAUGUCCAGCUCCCCGCUGUCCAAGAAGCGCCGCAUCUCCGGGUCUGAGCCACCGACGGGCUCCAGCCGUGCCCCUGUCCCCAGUGUGUCCCCCAGCGCCACCCCCACCAACGGCAUGGCGAAGAACGGGGGCGAAGCCGAGAUCGAUGAGGGGCUCUACUCCCGACAGCUGUACGUGCUGGGCCACGAGGCCAUGAAGCGGAUGCAGACGUCCAAUGUCCUGGUAUCGGGGCUCAGGGGCCUCGGGGUGGAAGUGGCCAAGAACCUGGUGCUGGGGGGGGUCAAAUCCGUCACCCUCCAUGACCCCCACCCCACUGCAUGGCAAGACCUGGCCUCCCAGUUCUACCUGCGGGAGGAGGACGUGGGGCAGAACCGGGCGGAGGCGACGCUGCCGCGCUUGGCCGAGCUCAACUCCUACGUGGCCGUGAGCAGCAGCCGGGAGCCGCUGAGCCAGGAGCUGCUCGCGCCCUUCCAGGUCGUGGUUUUGACCAACUCAGCCCUGGAGGAGCAGCUCUGGGUCGGGGACUUCUGCCACAGCCACGGCAUCAAACUGGUGGUGGCCGAUACCCGCGGGCUCUUCGGCCAGCUCUUCUGUGACUUCGGGGACGACAUGGUGGUGACGGACACCAACGGCGAGCAGCCCCUCAGCGCCAUGGUUUCCAUGGUAACCAAGGGGUGCCCAGGGGAGGUCACGUGUCUGGAUGAGGCCCGGCACGGCUUCGAGACCGGGGACUUCGUCACCUUCACUGAGGUGGAAGGGAUGGAGGAGCUCAACUCCUGCGGCCCCAUGGAGAUCCGGGUGCUCGGUGAGCCCCUAGGGCUUCUAUAG